CACAUGUGACGUAAUAUAUGAAGGUACACAUUUUUUAAACCGCUCAUGCCAAAGUCGCUUAAUUAAACGACAAAAACAACUUUAAACAGUGUCUGUCAACGGGGAAAGUACAUUCUUUCAGUGUUAUAAACUGCGGUGUGGCGGGAGAUUGUGAGACCGCGUGACCUCUCUCAAUUACUGGAACCCGAGGAGCAACGUGAGACGGCCUGUUGAAAUGAAACGGAGAAGAAUAAAACCGUUAAAAGAAGCGGAAGAUCAUGUUCUCCGUUGCAUCGACAAGACCGACGCACUGGAGGCCAAACACAUAAACGAUUAUAAAGGUCGUGGAGUCUUUGCCUUAAUUCCUUUUAUUAAAGGAGAUUUUGUUGUCGAAUAUAGGGGAGAAAUGAUUAGCUUAAUUGAAGCCGAACAAAGAAGAGAGGCCAAUCAAGACACUUUUUUUAUGUUUGACUUCAUCUGGCAGAACAAGAAAUGGAGCAUUGAUGCAACUCAUGAGGAUGGCACCCUUGGCCGCCUUAUAAAUGAUGAUCACAUAAACCCAAAUUGUACAAUGAAAAGGAUUAUCGUUGAGGGAAAACCCUGUUUGUGCCUAUUCGCUGCAAGAGAUAUCAUUCCUGGAGAGGAACUCACAUAUGACUAUGGAGGAAGUCACUGGCCUUGGAGAAAGCCUCCAUGCAAGGAUGAUGACAACAUGACAGCAAUAGAGAACUGCUCUGAGGAUUCUGUAACUACUGAAGGCAUUUCACGAUUCACAGCUGAGCCUUUGGUUGAUUACUCGGACACCGAAGAUGAAGUUUUGUGUUCUAAAAUUAAGACAUCUUAUAAAAAGAGAUCUGUGAUUCAUGAUGAUUCGGAUGAUCUCUUUGAAAAUUCGAGUGUAAAUGGUAAAGAUGACCAAGACAUUCAACGUGACGUCAGACGGAAUCAUGCAUCAUUUGCAAUGAGUGAACAACAUUCCGCUUGUACCACAGCAUCCAAAAGAGCAAAAAACACAAGAAGUGCACCACAGUAUCAUCAUCACAGCACACGGUUUGUGAGAACGGCACACUUCCAGCAGACCCAGUCUCCAAAAAAAAGAGAGGUUACGUUAAGAAGACGGCCUGGAACAAACUUGAGAUACAGGCUGUGGAGAAGCAUAUGAUGAGGUUUAUUAACAAUCACAAAAUUCCAGGAAAGGCAGACUGCAUGAGGUGUAAAGAGGCGGAACCACUUGCACUUAAAAAUAGAGAGUGGUCUACACUUAAAUUUUACAUCAAAAAUCGAAUCUCCGCUCUAAACAGAAAAUAUCUGCCAAAUUAAUUGACACACUGUCAGACUGAAUUGUUCAUUGGUAGAAACAAGCUUUUAUAGUUUUAAAACAAGCUUCCAUAGUCAAAUGGUUAGCGCAAUAGACCAUCAGUUCCAUAUUAUUGUUUGGAAAUGUAGAUUGUUCUUUCGAAAAUUAAGGCAUUUUAAAUAACUUUUAGACUGGAGUCUUUUUUUUCAUCCUUGUCUGCUUCAAAUGUAGAAUUGUUUUUCUAUAAAUGCAGACAUGGUAGAUUUUCAUUCUAUUGUACUUGUUUUCAAAAACUUGAGAAUGCAGUAUUUGUCAUGAAGGGUUUUAUUAAUAUAUAUUUUUUAAUUCAACUAGUGUUUACUGUGAACAUCUUUAUGAAAUAUUUCUGCAAAUUUUUGUGGACGACUGAAACUUAUGCUAAUGUUUCUGACCCUGACUGUUGACGUACUAAUGUUAUGAGUUUUGAAAAUGUAUGUCAUAUACUGUAUAACACUUUUUUUUUUACUAAACCUUUAAAAGUACUAAGUUAAUUUUGUUUCUACAUCUAAAACAAACAUCUCCAAAAUCAAUUAAAGCAUGGAGCAGAUUGUAGCUCCUUUUCUGUCUAAAGUA